UUUAAUAAUAUUUAGAAAUGGUAUUAGCAAGGUUGGUAGGGAUGAUUUGCUUGAUCUGGAGUGUUAUGAGUAGUAGAAUUGAGCGAGAGAGAGCUCUUUCAUCGACAUCUUCUGAGUGAAGGUCUUGAUUAGGCUUUAAUCUUAAAUAAAUGGUGUGUUUUUGAUCUUUCUCAUCCCCGACAAGGAAAAUGAUGUAAUAGAGAUGAGGAGAGUUUCUCUUGUGGUCUUGAUUUCAAUAUUGCAUGCUCCAGUGUGCUUACAGAUCUCGAUCUAAACAAUCCUUCUAAUGGAAAAAUGAUUCUAUGUCCAUCAUUCAAAUCUCAAUGUGGAACACUAGAUUAUGAAGCCAGUAAUUCAAGUAAAAUAAUAUCAAAUAAUUAUACUGACAAAGAUAUUGUCUGAGUAUAUAACAUUACUUCUGUGUCUGAGACUUCGAAUACCCUUAAGAUCACACCUACCAGAAUCGAUAAUGCUAGUGCAGAAGUAUAUACCGAGUCAGUUGUAAAACCCUUUGUGUACGAAUUUAAGAACCUGCUGUUCGACUCCAUUGCCGAAGUGAGCAUCAACAGUACAAGUCCUAUAUACAUCUUGGUCCUUCCUUUUCAACAGACUUCAGCUGUUGAACUAGAAUUUAUAGAAACUGAGGAUUCUCAAAGUGAUGGAACAGGAAGGAAUUCAGGGAUUUCAGCGGUGAAUGUGGUGUUGAUUGUUGUUGGAGGGGUGGUGCUGACUUGAGUGGGGGUUUUGGGGGUGAUUUGAGUUAAGGGGAAGUGAGGGAGGAAGGUGUUUGAUUUUGAUGAUCUUGGGUCCUGUGAGAAGGAUUUUAGUAAUGAGAAGCAAAGUGUUGAGCAGGAGGUGCAGCAGGAUUCUAAUGGGCAGCAGAUUUAUUGAGAUAUGAACGAGAGGAGUCAGGCUUAUAUGAUUGCUCAAAAUGAAGCAGGGAUGGCUCGGAUAGCAAAAGCUGAAAAUAAUUUAGGUGGCUGCAGCCAAAUUAGAUCCAAAGGAAUUUCUUUGACCAAAAUCCAGCCUGAGCCGGGCCUGAGCUCUUUCGUUCGACCAAAUCCCCAGUUCUUCCACCCUGCAGGCUCGAAAGUGGUUCCAGCGACCGCUGAAGAGAUUGGAUGGGGAUAGAACUUAGGUGUUGGGUUCAAAGUAAUUUGGAGUUAUAAAACAAACUCUAUCAUACCUCAAUUAA